AUGGUGUGUGAGCCUCAAGGCGUCCAUCGUCAUCCUGCCGACUCUUCAUCCGACUUCCAACCAGCUCAAAAUGACGACUUUGAAAAUGAGGCGACUCUCCAGACUACGUGGAAUAACCUCCUGGCCUACCUCCUGUCUCAGUUCCAGUACUUUGUGUGUCCCGUGGGCUUCAACAGUGAGACCAACGGGUUUACGGUUGAGUGUGAGCCCUCUGAUAUCUUUGUGAUGCAGGAGUACACUCUUCCCGCUGUGGUGCAAAACACACUGAGAUGGAAAACGGUGAACCUGUACCCCUUCCAGAUCCACAGCAUCUUCCUCUCGUCCUUCGCGUCUCUCAUCGGGCCUUUCGGCGGCUUCUUUGCCAGCGGCUUCAAGCGAGCCUUCAAAAUCAAAGACUUUGCUAACACCAUCCCGGGCCACGGCGGCAUCAUGGAUCGAUUCGACUGUCAGUACCUGAUGGCCACCUUCACACACGUCUACAUAGCCAGCUUCAUCAGGGGACCGAACCCGAGCAAAGUGCUGCAGCAGCUGUUGAUGCUUCAGCCUGAACAGCAGCUCAGCAUUUUCCACACUCUGCACUCCCAGCUGAGAGAGAGGGGCAUGCUCCCCCCGCCGCCGCACAGGCCGAGUGAACGACCGGCCGGCUUCACGGGGAUGACGGCUGGAGGAGUGUGUGUGAUGGUUUGGAGAGCAGCUGCAAACAUUCAGGCAGCGGCACAAAGGAGGAGAGACCUGCUCAGAAGAGAUUUCCAGUAA